UAAGACAUUUGUCUAUGCUUCAUUCUGUUUCCGCCCGGCAUCGACAGGAGACGCAUCGUCAUUGUCGUGAAUUAAAGUUAAUUUAUCUGAAACUCAGUAAUAACGCACCAUGGCUUUGCCACGAGUUUUCUUUGACGUUUCUGCUGAUGGUUCAGCUUUGGGAAGAAUUGUUGUUGAGCUGAGAACAGAUGUCACCCCCAAGACCUGUGAAAACUUCCGCGCCCUGUGCACCGGCGAGAAAGGUUUUGGCUACAAGAACUCGACCUUCCACCGGGUGAUCCCCAACUUCAUGUUGCAAGGAGGUGACUUCACAAACCACAAUGGCACUGGUGGAAAGUCCAUCUACGGUGAGAAGUUUGCUGACGAGAACUUCGUCCUCAAGCACACCGGCCCUGGAGUCCUGUCCAUGGCCAACGCUGGCCCCAACACCAAUGGAUCCCAGUUUUUCAUCACCACCGUGAAGACUUCUUGGUUGGACGGCAGACACGUCGUCUUCGGAACCGUUGUAGAAGGCAUGGAUGUUGUCAAGCAAGUUGAAGCCUUCGGCUCCCAGUCUGGCAAGCCCUCAAAGAAAAUCAUUGUCUCCGAUUGUGGUCAACUCUCUUAACUUAAUUCAGUAAUAAUUAUAAAAGUAUAACACAAUAUUUUUUAAGUUUAAAACUAUGUCCUCCCAAUACCUUCCCAGUCUUCAAGAGAAUACAAUUAAUAUGGGUCAUUCCAAUUAUGAUAAACUUAUUGCUAUGUUUUAGGUUGCAAACUAGGGAUUGCAUUUAUUUCUGUGCAUUGUUUAUUCAUAAUAAAUUAACUUAUAUAAACUAA